AUGAGCUCAGAAUUGAGUGGGCAGGCUCAGCCUGGAUCGGCUCCGCCCAUUCGUCGCCGACGUCAAUUGCGAGCCUGCAACACGUGCCAUCGAAGGAAAGUUCGAUGUGAUGCAAUCGGCCGCCAGGCAUGUUCGAACUGCAAAGCCAUCGGAGCCGCUUGCAGAUUUGACAUUGUUGAGGCAUUGUCCCGGAGGGGUAGAGUGUCUCAGAAGCAGGUACUAGAAACAGAGUUGACUGGUAAUCCUGAAGUCACGGAACACAACUCCCGUCCUCAUGCACCAGAGAGCCCUGCGUCAAGAAGAUACGCCUCUACCUCAGAUAGACUCUCAGAAGUCGCAGUCAAUCAACAGCUUGUCGAUAAUGUGCUGGUCGAUUUCUUCCAACAUGGCAUUGGCUCACAAUAUUGGUCGCGAUUCGACAAGCUGGCCGAAGCACGCAUUUGCUAUGUUGGGACUUCGCUCUCUAAUCUAGCAUUCCUCGUGAGCCAGGAGGGCUGCGGCGAUAACAAUAAUUUGCACUAUCCGAAUCCCCAAGUCCACCGCAUUGUGCCAUGGAAGCCGGAUCCUAUGUCCUAUGCCUUACAGAUGCGCCAGAACCUGGAGUCGGAACUGAGUUCGUUCCCCGCUAAAGAUGUCAGGGACGCACUAGUGGAAGCCUUUUUCAACGAAAUUCAUCCCGGCUUUCCAGUAGUCGACGAGAGUGACUUCAGAGCAAGCUAUGCGGACCCAGAGAACCCACCACCUCUGUUGCUAUUCCAAACUAUCUUACUGGCCGGCGCUCAUGUUUGCACACACCCGAAAGUGGCUGAGUCUAGAUCACUGGUCAGAACGGCCUUAUUUCAACGUGCCAAAACCCUGUGGGACCUGCGCUUUGAGAAUGACAGGGUCACAUUAGUGCAAGCCGCAUUGAUAUUUUCGUGGCAUAUCGAGAACGCCGAUACCGUGAGCGCAAAUAGUUACUACUGGAUCUCUGUCGCUUGCGGAAUCGCGUAUGGUCUGGGAAUGCACCGAAACCUGGCAGGUUCAUCAUCAAGCCUCUUGCCACAAUGCUCUAAAAAUCUGUUCCGUAGAAUAUGGUGGACAUUAUUCCAGGCCGCGGUAGCGUCAUCACUCGAUCAAGGAAGACCGCUGCUCGCCCGCUGUGAUGACUCCGAUCAGCCGCCUCUGACGGAGGACGACCUUAUCGAGGUAGGUGGCUCACCGAACAAAAACAUUCGGCUACAAUAUUGCGUACAAAACAGUACGCUCUGCGAGAUUGUUGCGGAUAUUCUUGCACUAUUCUCUCCAGGCUCGUUGCGGAAGUCAGCGGGCUUGGUGGACACCAGCAUUGUUGAUGCACGCUUAGCGGCGUGGCUGAUGGGGCUCCCACCCGGCGAUGAUUAUUAUAGCUCCACACUACGCCUCCAUUAUAAUACCGCGCUUCUACACCUGCACCGCACGGUCAUUCAACUCGGUGAGUCCAAUGUGUCAACCAAUUCCCAAAAGCUGUGUAGUUCCGCGGCAGAAAGCAUUGUCAGUACAUUGAGCGGCAUGAUUGCAAACAAAACCAUUAGCAGGUGUUACUUCACCUCUCUAACAGCGAUCAUGGCAUCGGCCGUCCACUUUGUCCGCGAAAUGCGCCUUGCCAUCGGUCAGAACUCUACCCUUCUGGCACUUCAGUCACAGGCUCAGCUUGAAAGUUGUUCCCCGAUCUUGAGGGAAUUGACAUUGUACUGGCCUACUGCAAGUUCGGUGGAAAAGCUAUGUCAACAUCUCUUGGACAGAAUGAAAUCGAUGAUGAUAGCACAGCAAACGACUGGGGCUGCAGGCGAAAUGCCGUUGAACUUUCCUGAUCUUAAUAUCAUUCCCGAGGAUUGGGACUAUAUCUUGUCCACGCUGCAUGCUGCCGGGCCAGAGCCUGAUUGGUCAAAUGCGCAAUCUGGUUUGGGCUUCUGA